AAACUAACUCCUUUGGUUUUGCUUUUACAUUGAUCGUUUAAAACAUGGAGCAAAAUUUGAAGAUGAUGUUCUUGGUCAUGUUAUUGCUUUCCAUGUCAGGUUUGUUUGCCUCAUCUGUUUUGGCUGACAAAGGAUUGAACAGAGAAGGGUGUGGUCCUUUUGGAUUCUGUGAACCAAUCUGCCGAACUCACUUGCCUUAUUGUUGUAAUGGUGUUUGCCAGUGUUCACCAUGCACUAAAGUUUAAUAUUGUGUUUAAUAUCAUAAAUAUAAAAGUAUGGUGCCCAAAUGUGUUUGUUCACC